GUUCAUGUCACGUGACUAUGUUUCUUCCGGGUCCAUUUUGACGACAUGUUUGUUACAGAAAGCAAGGAACAUGCCACACUGUUGUGUUCCACAGUGCAGAAAUAGAAGUGAAACAAAUCCUCAUUUGUCAUUUUAUCGUUUCCCUGCGAAUCCUGCGACUCGAAGGAAAUGGAUCUUGAUGAUUCAGCGAGAUGACUUUGACCCAACACCUAAUACGCGAGUUUGCAGUUGGCACUUCCCCCAUGGCAAGGAGAGGGGACCAUCCAGAUUUCACUGGACCGAGAACCUGAAGGAGGGACAGGACACUCCUCAAGAUGAGGCUUCUGAUGUGAGGAAAACGAGGCAGUCAAGGAAAAUGGGUGGCAGUACUAAGCAUUACGCUAAAUCAGACAAUCCACUGGAGAUUCUGGCUUCUGCUGCUUCAGUGAUGGAGGCACUGGCACCACAUCCUGUAGCCAAGGCAACAAAGGAUCAUGGGAACAGAUACUUCAGAGUCAUUGAUGAUAUUGAACGCUACAAUUUACAUGCUUAUGCUAAAAAGCCACGGUCAGCAGAUCAUGUACAUGAUAGUAAAUCGGAGACAACAGUUGACAGUGGUGUGUCUGAAGACUAUGUGGCCAUGUGACCAUCAAGACUUAUUUUUGUACAUAUGUAUUUGCGAGAUAUAUUUGUAUAUUGUUUAUUGUGAUAUUGAAAAAAAUAUUUCCUAUUUUGUCAUGUACUGGUAAUUUCUAUUUCAGCUAUGUGAACUGAUUAAUUUUCAAAUAAAGAUUUGGGACAAGUGA